GUCCUUCCUGCGAGCCCCGCAGUUCCCCAGGCCCACAGUUCCCCGGCCGUCUGCCAUGGAACGCUUCGAGCUCACUACGGCUCGAGAACGCGGAUCGAGUCCACGGGAUGCCAUGAUCGCGCGCACCAGCAGAAAGUGGCAGUUUGCUUCUCGUCCCCAGUUGCGCCGCAAGAAAUUGAGUGCGGAAAAAAGUGGUUCGUGUUCAGGUGACGAGCAAUUAGAGCUGAGAGUGGACGUGACGGUCGAAUCGAUUGGAUGUUCUGAUGUGCACGGGCGGGCUCCCAGCUGGUCUGGUGUAACAGCUGGUGAUGUGUUGCAGCAGCAGUGAUGUGGACAGAUGUCAGAAAGUGGGGUUUUCCAGUUUGGUGGUGUGUAGAGGGUUACAUUUGACGAAGGGGAUUCGGAACUGAGUGUGAAAAGGAGAGCUUGUUCGUAGCAUUAGGGUUUAUGCCAUGGCAACGGGCAAAUUGCCCAGCAAGGAAGCGGGGGUGCUGCGCGGUCACGAGGGCGCAGUGUUGGCCGUGCGAUUUAAUUCAGACGGCAAUUACUGCCUCAGUUGUGGGAAGGAUCGUUCUCUGAGGCUGUGGAACCCAUACAAGCUGUUGCCCAUAAAGUCCUACUCUGGACAUGCGCGUGAAGUUCGUGAUGUCGCUGUUUCCAAAGAUAACGCGAAACUUUCGUCUUGUGGAGGAGACCGACAGUUGUUCUAUUGGGAUGUUUCCACCGGUCGGAUAAUUCGAAAAUUUCGUGGCCAUGAUAGUGAGGUGAAUUCUGUCAAGUUCAAUGAGUACGGAGCAGCGAUUGUUUCCGGAGGAUAUGAUAAGACAGUCCGGGCUUGGGAUUGCCGUUCACACAGCAUCGAACCCAUCCAGAAAAUUGAUACGUUUGCAGACAGCGUGACGUCUGUUGUUUUGACAUCGACGGAAAUUAUUGCGGGUUCUGUGGACGGUACCAUUCGAACUUUCGAUAUCAGAGUGGGCAGGGAAGUGGUGGACACUUUGGGACAAUCAGUGACGUGCAUUUCUCUUUCGAACGAUGGAAACUGUUUGCUGGCAGGUUGUCUCGACUCGAACUUGCGCCUGCUGGACAGGUCAAGCGGUGAGCUUCUGCAACAAUACCAGGGACAUACUAACAAGUCUUACAAAAUGGAUAGCUGUUUGACCAACGACGAUGCCCAUAUCGUCGGUGGAUCUGAAGAUGGACGGAUCUUCUUUUGGGACCUCGUUGAUCCAGCUCUGGUUUCGUCCUUUAAGGCACAUACGUCUGUGAUAACGGGAAUCUCUUACCACCCUAAGGACAGUUGCAUGUUGACUUCAUCAGUUGAUGGCACUAUCCGUGUUUGGAAGUCUUGAGAUGAAUCUCCCGAAGAUAAGGUUGGCUGAUUUCGCUGUCGAAUCGACUAUUUGCUAAUUGUGGAAUCCUGUCAUCAUUGAGUUGGAAAAGAACGGAGUUAGCAGAUCGUUCAUAGGAAAACAUUGCCCUCAUUCAUAGGGGCUUUAGAGCAGUGUAUUCUGGUUACUGCGUGCAGGUCUGAACUUCAAGCACACCUGGUCUGGAGCAGAUGACAGAAGGCAGAGAAGACAGAACGUUGGUAUUUUCCCAGCAUGGUAACGCGAGAUUGUACAUGAACUGUCUUCACUUUGGAGGUUCAUGAAAUAUUGUAAAGCCUACCAAUGGAAUUUUCGUCUUUCCAGAAAUGUUACUCAGUGCAACUGUGGGUUUACACAUCUCGUAGAGCUGGUUUUGGCGGCAUAGUUUCUAGCACUGGAUGGAUUUGAUAUAGCUCCAGAAUAUCUCCAGGAUUUAGAAUCUUCUCUGGCUCCUGGAACCUCGGGCAUUCCCAGGAAAGGUUGCAGUUGUCCUAAGAAAUGUAACGACCUUGAUUAUAUGACCA